AUGGAUUCGGACAUAUGGAUUCAACAUUUGUCCUGGGAAGCUGAACAUGAAGGGAAAACGAUGCUUGAAGAAGCAUCUGCGUUGGGACAUAUGGAUUCAACAUUUGUCCUGGGAAUGAUGUUGAUGGCUGAAGGGAGACAUAGGAAGCAGGAAGCUUUGGACAUGUUGAAAAAUGUUUACCGCAAAGCAAAUGGUAAGUGGAAUCUUAGAGCAACUUGUUCUAAGGAUGAGUGCUUUUAUUAUGGCAAUUUUGAUUUAGGAAUGACUUUGUUGAGACAAGCAGUAGAUGAAGAUCAUCUUGAGGCAAUUUAUUUGCUUGGAAUGAUCUACAUUUCAAGAGGGCCUCAUCAAUGUGAUGAAGUUCCGGAUGAUGGGGAGUACACGGGUGUUGUUGAUAGUGCCAAAGAGUUGUUACGAGCUGUUGAUGUUGUUCAUAGGCUUAAAACGAAUAACAUCACAUUCCAAUAUGAAGACCCACAUCAUUCUGUUAAAGGUGCAUUGGCAAUAGGCCAUGAAGAGGAUGAGGAUCAACCAAGAUAUUGCACGGUUUAUCGUUGGAUGAAGUAUACGCAAAACCCAUGUUAUUUUUGUGAUGAAGUAUAG